AUGGAGACGGAUCCGUUCCUCUGGUCCAUUGAUGAAGUGGUUGCUUAUCUCUGCCAUGGCUCGUUCGAGGAUUGGGCUCGAUCAUCUUUACCGCGGCCUAAUCCAAUCCCCUUAGAGAACAAUCUGCGAGAGAACUAUGUGACCGGCGAGGUCCUUUUAACAGAAGUCGAUAGAGAGGCGUUGUCUCGCUAUCUUGGUUUAAAACCGCUGGGACAUCAAGCUACUAUCUUCAAGGCUAUCCAGUACUUGAGAUCGCGGUCGUCUGAGUUUAGUAAAAGUGCUAAUGCUCCAGUGAGCGCACAGCAGCCUGUAGCCGCUGCUUUUGAUAGCUUACCAGGGCCUUCUCUUCCUCCCCCUCCUCCUCCUCACAUCCAAAAUACGCCUAUACAGACCCCCACCCGGCCUCCUUCCACGCCACGAGUUCCGCUGACCAACGGUGAUUCUUCUCGGUCCGCUAAACCGACGCCUAAACAACCCGUUCUGCCCCCUCCUGGCCAGAAGGAGAACGAUGCUAUUGCAUCUGAUGGCAGAAAACGACGACGACUCAACCCCGACUCCUUAUCGACACGCGCAUUCCGCGUUGUUCCCGAAAACCCUCGACGAAAACGAUACCUCUGCUCGCAGAAGCAGCCAGUUAAGGAUAUAUUCUAUAAUGGAAUAGAAAGUGACGAUGACAAUGAUACAUUCGGGUUUAUUCGCCCACCUAACUCCUCUAGAGGUCAAUCUCUCUAUGUGAACAAACGAAUGCAACAUUUUCUACAACAAGUGCCCCAACCUUUCAAGGAUGGCAAAGAGGGGUCCCUCGCAUUAUUCCCAUACGAUAAAACAGUUGCGUCGGAUGCACCACUCUAUUUUACACUCUUUGAAAAGAAUGACGGAGAAUAUAGUGCUAGGAUGGAAGCGGUAGAAAAGUGGCCACACCUCAAAGAAAAGAGUGCGUUAGACUAUCUCCUUGUCAAAUAUCCCCCCCAGGGCGACGAACUACCUUUGUAUGGAGAAUCUGGAUCCGAAGACUACGACUCCGACACAUGCAGAGACAUGGACGAGGCCAGGGACGAUGCCGAGGAUGAGAGCAACAGUAAUACGUCUGGUCUGAUGUCGGUUGCCGAAUUAAGCGCGAUAAUUGACAACUUUAUUGCUGAUACCAUCGACAAAUGGAAGGAGAGCAAGCUGCCAAGUCAGGAAGGAAAGGCACGAACACUAUGGAGACAGUCAAGAAAACGAGGGACGGUUUCUAGCGAUAUACGGCGGGCUAAUACCGAGAUCACUCGACUGAAUGAGCGCCUAGCCAAUUGGUCAAAAGGAAUAAAGAGCAACGAGUAUGAAAAAGGUGAUGAGGACAAGGUGCUGCGACAAUGCGCGUCCUUGGAAAUCACUAUCAAUCAACGGGAGUUACAGAGAUGGAGACUCUCAGUCCUGGAACUAGAAACCUGCCCUCCCAAACUCAGCCGCCCCGUAAGUCGCUCAGAAAAAGUCCGACCACGUCUCCAACGUGACGAUGAAGAAUCUAUUGGAUCGGAUACCGACGACGCCCUGGACGAUGAUUCGGAUUUUGUGGUGUCAGAUGAUGCUCAGGAGGGCCAUAACGCAAUAAGACACCCCAGGGAGACUCGGACUAUCACCCCUUCGACUUCAUCCAUACCGAGCGGUGAAGAUACGAGCUCACCACCAGCUUGUCCGAUCACGCCAAGUCCCAUGAAUGGUCCGUUUGAAGACAUCGAAUUUGUAGAUCUAACCCAAGGCGACCAAGCAGACCAACGAGAGAUGGUGGAGGAUAGUAUUGAACCACCCGAAAACCUAGAAAUCAAUACUCCGCCAUUGAAUCCAGUGGAAGGCCCCAAGGCCUCGCUUCCGUUUCCAUCCUCUACCCUUAUUGCUAGUCCAGCGAGCGGUGGUACUCCUCCAGCUGACACAAGUACUGCUGUGCGUCUACCUGAUGUUACUGAUGUUGCUGGAAUUUGUAACAUCCGCAUGGAGCUUCUACAGGAGCUUCGUGAUAGGAAACGCUUCCUUGCUAAGAUUGUUUAUCUCCUGGCUGAUGCAGAACAAGUGAAGUUAGCUAGCUUGGUUGGCUUUGUUGAAAAGAACACCUUGCGCCUACGGAUUCGGGAAGCUUUGAGGCUACUUUCGAAAAAUAAAAAGGGCAGAAUCUCAAAUGUCAGUGACGACGAUGUCCAGUAUUACAAGAGAGUGGCUGCCCUGUAUGUCUCAUGGCAUCAGAUCAUAAUGAUACCGGCCGAAGGUAUCCCCAGGAUAAGUGUUAACGAAUCUCGCGCUACGGAUAAAAUAAUUCCUUUCCAUAGCGAUCUAACCGAAAUUCUGCGUGUUAAGCAUCCAAGAGAGAUAAAUAGGGAACUAUCUUGCGAAAUCAUCACACCGUCACAAAAGUCCCAUAGCCAGGGCUCCCCGCAGGCUGGAGAUCCGAUUGUCAUCGAGGACGACAUCGAUAAUCUUUGUGAAAAGGAUGGCGAAAUGGGAGGGGGUGUUAGGGCCACUCCGCGCAAACGAAGGAAGAGAGCCGUCGCAGAAAGUCGAGAAGCCAUGGAGUCCCAAAACCGGGCACAGCGGCGUGUUGAGGAACAGGCAACCCAGCAACGGCGCUUACUAGAAGAACGCGGCAUUGAAAAUCACGACCCACAACGGAAGAUCGUCAGUUUUGACGACCCUGUUAUCUAUUUACAUCGCGAUAUCGGGCGCCAUGUAAAAGAACAUCAGGUUUCUGGAAUUCAGUUUAUGUGGAGAGAAUUGAUCAAGGAUGAGAAACAUGAGGGUUGUCUUUUGGCUCACACAAUGGGAUUGGGGAAAACUAUGCAAGUCGUUUCGCUCCUGGUCACCAUUGCCAAUGCAUCAAAUUCACCAGACCCCAAGAUUAGGUCCCAAGUUCCAGAGCGUUUCCGGUUGUCCAAGACACUUGUUACAUGCCCUUCAUCCUUAAUAGAUAACUGGUGGGAAGAGUUCGGAAAAUGGACUCCACGGGAUGAAGUGACUCAACAUAACCUUGGAGUCGUACGGAAGGCAGUGGGAUCGGUACCUAAACGACUCUCCGAGAUCAAUGCUUGGUAUACAGAGGGUGGUGUGCUGUUGAUCAGUCAUGAACUAUUCCGACGAAUGAUACUUAACCCCUCUCGGAAAAAUGGCUCUCGGGCCUUGUCGGACGGCGACUUCCAGCUGGUAAAGCGCCAAUUGCUUGAAGGCCCAAAUAUAAUUGUUGCAGAUGAGGCACACAAGCUGAAAAACGGCGCGUCAGAUAUUUCAAAAACAUGCUCCAUGUUUAAGUCCAAGAGUCGCAUCGCCCUGACUGGAUCGCCCCUUUCCAAUCAAUUGAUUGACUAUUAUCAAAUGAUUAAUUGGAUCUCGCCUGACUAUCUUGGAAACCUGAAGCAGUUCAAAGCUAAAUACGAGGAGCCCAUUAGAGAAGGCUUAUACUUUGAUAGCACCAACUGGGAAUAUAGGCGAUCUCGGAAAAGACUGGAGGUUUUAAAGAAAGUCCUCGAGCCAAAGGUGAAUCGCGCCGAUAUAUCAGUUAUCCAAUCCGACCUUCCUCCUAAGGUUGAGUUUGUCAUCGUAAUCCCGGUGACUCGGCUCCAAGAAGAGACAUACAACCAGUUCAUAUCUAUGACCAUGGAAGGAAGGGAGCUUGAAGAUGAGGUCAUUGAAACGGAAGCACAAAGUACGAUAACAGAUGAGCUGGUGUCGCAAUUUGAGCUCAAGUUCCAGGAUAUUCCAAACUUGGAUUCCCCGGAACAUUCCCGCCGUACCCAGAUGGUUGGUCAAAUUGUCGAUGAGUCUAUCAACGCUGGAGACAAGGUUCUUAUAUUUUCAGGCCAUUUAUACACGCUUACUUAUAUUGGCCUUAUGCUGGAGGCGAAGGGUCAGAAGUUCUGCCGCCUUGAUGGGCAAACAUUAGUGGCAACUCGACAGGCAGCUACGAAAGCUUUCAGCAGAAGUGACUCGGACUCGCAGGUGUAUCUCAUUUCAACAAAAGCCGGAGCUUUGGGUCUCAAUAUCAUCGGCGCUAAUCGGGUCAUUAUCUUUGAAUCUGAUUACAACCCAACAUGGGAAGAGCAGGCUAUUGGACGGGCAUACCGCCUUGGGCAAACGAAAGAAGUUUUCGUCUAUCGGUUCGUUAUGGGAGGGACCUUUGAAGAACUAAUACACGAAAAGGGGGUCUUCAAGAAGAACAUGGCACUUCGUGCCGUCGAUAAGAAAAAUCCCACCCGCUCGACAGGCAAGGAUACGAGUGAAUUCCGUCGCCCCGUCCGCAGCAUUGAAAAGCACGAUUUGUCCGAGUUCUACGGUAAAGACCCCAAGGUGCUAGAUAAAAUCCUUGCACGCCCAAACGACAUCCAUAAAAUCACCCUUACGGAGACCCUUCAUCGAGAGGAUGCUGUGCAAUUUACCCCGGAAGAGAAAAAUGAAAUUCAAGCAGAGCUAGAUGAUGAGCAGCUAGAGCGAAGCGACCCUGUUAAAUGGGCGCAGAUUCAAGAACAAAGGAGAUUGACACAAGAAGAAGAAAGGCGUAGGGCACUGGCACUGGCACUGUCCCGACAGCAGCAACGGUCACCAUCACCCCCCGGAUUCGCGACUGGCCGCAGUUUGAUGUCUGGAUACCCUCCGUCUAUGCGGCAGCGAGUGCCUCCUGGUUAUAAUGGGCCACCACCCCUUACCCCAGACUUUAGCGUGUUCAAUCCACGUCUCACAACCAGCACGGCCUCUGAUGAUGGCUCCAGUCUCACGUCCAACACAACCUCCAGUCUCACGUCCACCACGACCUCUGAUGAUGGCUCCAGUCUCACGUCCAACACAAUCUCUGAUGAUGACUCCAGUCUCACGUCCAACACAACCUCUAAUAAUACCUCCAGCCUCACUCCUGGCCCGACCUCGAACAUCACUUCCAGCUCCAGCCCCGGGUCGACCUCAAACAUUACAUUCAGCUUCAGUUCCGGCCUCAGAGUCGACGCCAUCCCCAAUUUCGCACCCUGCCUCCGUUCCACCUAUCCCCUCUUCAACCCACCCUCCGACAGUGCCUCCGUCACCAGCCCCUCAUAG